AUGAACACAUAUGAUGACUACAGUGAAGAUGAACUCAAUGACUACAACAUACAGCUCAGUAUUCAGAACUCCUGUCGAGAAGCUUUCCUAAAGUCCUCUGCCAGUUUAGCAGCAACGACUGAUGAGAACCUCCGAGUGCUGGCAGCCAUAGAACAAGGUGAGGUGUGGAUGCUCCAGGAGUUGUUGCGACACCCAUUUGCCUUCAGAGAGCUGGACUGUCGGGGGUGGCUCCCUCUGCACCGAGCUGCAGCCCAGCCCCUCGUGGAGGUCCUGGAGACAGUCCUGACAUUGGCAGAUAAAGGCCUCAGUCUGGAGGAGAGGACGGCUGUGGGGGGAGAGACGCCGCUCACUUUAGCCAUAAAAGCUGGGUGGGUGAAGAAUGUGAAGAGCCUGAUCAAACAUGGAGCCAACCCACACAACACCAACAGCAAGAGUGAGACCCCUCUGCUGCUCGCUGUCCGAUCGGGCUCCUAUGAAAUGACCCACUUGCUGGUGACUCAGGGUGCUUGGGUGGAGCAGAUCUGCAGAAAGAGGUGGACGGCGAUGCAUGAAGCGGCUAAAGUGGGCAACUCGGACAUUGUGAUGCUGCUGCUGAGGAACGGGGGCCGGGUCAACCAAAAAGACAUCACAGGAGCUACACCGCUGGCUGUGGCUGCGGAGCACGGACACUUCCACAUCAUCGAGAUUCUGGUCAACUGCGGCAGUAAGGUGAACUCACAGGCAUGUAAUGGGGAGAGCGUGCUGUCGGAUGCAGCGGGUUCAGGAAACUUGGCUUGUAUUAAGUUUCUUUUGGACAAUGGAGCCAACCCAAACCUGCACAGCGCCACAGGACAUCUGCCCAUUCACAAAGCUGCAUACGCCGGCCAUUACGAUGCCCUGAAGCUCCUCAUCCCUCUGACCCACAAAAAGGCCAUCAAAGAGGCAGGCCAGAGCCCGGUCCACUCCGCCACAGAGGGAGGCCACAGCCGCUGCCUCAAACUCUUGCUUGCUUCUGGGUUUGAUGUCAACUACCGCAUGAACACCCGCAACUCUGAGAAUUACCGUGACAUGAGGAGGAGUGCGCUGUACUUCGCUGUUUCCAAUGGAGACACAGAAUGUACCAGGGUCCUUUUAGCUGCAGGGGCCAAGACAGACCUGGACCCUCUCUGCUCCCUCCUGGUGGCAGUUCGAUCAGGGAGAUAUGAGAUUGUGAAGUUGCUGCUAGCGGCUAAAGCAGACGUGAACUGUUAUUUCAAUGUAGUGAGUGAUACAGUAUUUCCAACAGCACUGCAGUAUUGUCUAAAGGAUGAGAUGAUGAUGAGGCUGCUGCUAAACAAUGGAUACAAGGUAGAGACGUGCUUCCAGUGCCACCAUGACAGCGGGCCCAGUGAACCCUACGAAAGGGAGGAGAAAAUACCAUUCUGUGAGUUCAUGAGCCUGUGCUGUAUCGUGCACCUGUCUGGCAGGGUGGUCCUGACUCUUCUGGACUAUGUCAAACACAUACACAUCUGCUCCACUCUCAGACUCAUCCUGGAGAAGCAAAAGGAGUGGCCUGAAAUCUGUUGCAUCCAACGCAGCCCCCGCUCCCUCAAACACCUGUGCCGACUGGAGAUCAGAACACGACUCACCCUGAAAAGAUUGAACAACCUCGAAGUCAUGAACUUAUUCCCCCCAAGGCUCAAGAGCUAUAUCCUCUACCAGGAGCUGGACCUCUACAGCAGAGACCCCCAAAGCUACGUGUAA